AGCGAGUGGAUGCCUGAUGCAUAAGGCAGCCGGCGCCGAGCAACCACCUCAGCAGCCUUUCCUGCCAGGGUGGACAAAUUCCGUGCUGGGAGAGGCGUUGCGACACUCUUGCCGCCUGCCUUUCCACAUCUCGAACCGUAGACCAACGACCGAAUCACCACCACCACCGCUGCCGCCGGGUCCCGCGACAUCCAAAUCCACUCGAUUCGACGUCGACGACACAACUUCACACGGCCAAGAUGUGGAUUAUCAACUGGUGUAUGUCUUUAGCCUCCUGCCUCCUCCCCUCUGCCGUCGCCGUUGCCAGGUGGCGAUGGUCAAAGGGGACCACAGUUGACACGUGAUGCCGACAGUCUACGAUGUCCUCUCCUCGCUGGGGUUGCUGAACAAGCACGCCAAGCUCCUGUUCCUGGGACUUGACAAUGCCGGAAAGACGACGUUGUUGCACAUGCUCAAGAACGACCGCGUUGCUAUCCUGCAGCCUACCCUUCACCCAACAUCCGAGGAGCUCGCUAUCGGAAACGUCCGCUUCACCACCUUUGACCUUGGUGGCCAUCAGCAAGCCCGCCGCAUCUGGAGAGACUACUUCCCCGAGGUGAACGGCGUCGUGUUCCUCGUCGACGCCAAGGACCACGAGCGGUUCCACGAGGCCAAGGCCGAGCUCGACGCGCUUCUGUCGAUGGAGGAGCUGUCCAAGGUGCCGUUUGUGAUUCUGGGCAACAAGAUCGACCACCCCGACGCCGUCUCCGAGGACGAGCUGCGACACCAGUUGGGCAUGUAUCAGACAACGGGCAAGGGCAAGGUGCAGCUGGAGGGCAUCAGGCCGAUUGAGCUCUUCAUGUGCUCGGUGGUGAUGAGGCAAGGAUACGGCGAGGGCAUUCGGUGGUUGUCGCAGUACGUCUAAGGGGCAGCAGAAGACGACGUGGGUGCAACGAGCGUGGCGGAGCAGGGGGUGGGAUCCCAUGGCACUAGACGGGGUACCGGGCCACACAUGUCGCGUGGUGGCACGGAUGGGUAGACGCGGAGAAAGACAAGAAGGCGAUGUAUGCGUCAAGGUCACGAGCUGCUUAUGGGAUUCAGCAUUCACUUUAGGCGAACCUGGGUCGUGUAAUUGCAUCAUAUUUCGAGAGAUGGCUCUGUCU